GAAACCAUGGAAACUUUUACUCGAACAACCUCACUUCACCUCAGCAUUUGCUAGACUARGGAAUUUCCCAAUGGAUACUGACGUCGAAGGUUCACUCAACAAAUUUGUUUGUCUUCUUUACGGCGACACUAUUUCACAGAAUGUCGACGAAUGCAGGUAUAACCUCUUCAAGGCGGGAAAGUGUUCGGAUGAAGCGCUGCCGCCAAACACCGAAUGCUUGAAAAACCACAUCGCUCGUACCAACUACCAGGCAGCCUCUUGGAAUGGUUGUCUAACGUCAAUACUACUACUUCCAUCUCCUGUGGGUAAUGGGUGGGAGUUAGAUGGGGACCAGCAACUUAAAGUUUUGUGGAUGACGUCCCCAUCUGCUCCAGAGUCAGUGUUAGAAUUUGUGCAGUGCAGGUGUAAGGGCGGUUGCAAGACGCAAAGAUAUUCGUGCCUGAAAUCAGGUGCACUGAGGUGUGCUCGUGCACACAGUGCCGUAAUUUUGCCCCAGCCGACAGUGAGGAAUCAGAUGAUGACGAUGACGACGAUGAAGAUGAUGAUGAAAAUAUGUUUAAUUCAAAAGAAUAGGUAAGAAUAUAAGUCCUUUGCAAGGUGAGGUUUAUUUCAUCAAAUUACAUAACGAGUUUCCAACCUGGAGGAAUGACAGAAAUCUUGCGUCAACUAAAACUAGAAACACUUGAAAAACGUCGUAAAAUAGCAAGGCUAACUCUUUUCAACCGGGGUAUAAACAAGAUGGCAGUACUGCCACUUAAUGAUCUUCAAGUUCCUACAAGAAGACUAAGGAACAUGCAUGCAAUGUACUUUAGACCGUUAUUUGCUAGAACCAAUAUAUAUAAAUUUAGUUUUUUACCUAGAACUAUCAUUGAUUGGAACGAAAUCCCACAGAACAUUAUCGAACAAAGUAAUCAUCACAUUCAAUUUGUUAAAUUAAU